AUGGUCGUGGCUUGCCUGUGGUCCACCGGUGACGCUGUGGUACAGGUCGCUCGGCGGAGCGACGUUUGUGGGCACCGUUGGGUUCAACAUGCACUUUCACUACUCAAACAUAGCUACAACGAGGGCUAUGAAAGGUUCAAGGCGCUCUUCCUCGCCCUCGGUGCUCGCCACAUCCGCGACAGCCUCCUCGACACAACUUGGAAAACGUACUACGAUCGCCCGAACGAGAUGGGGAGAGCCGGAGUGAAGAGCCAGCAGCUCGUAGACUACGAUGUCCCUGCAGAACAGAUCACCUCCCUGCCCUUGCGCGUGCUCGACUCGAUGGAGCGCUACGAGGGACCCAACGAACUUGACAUUCGUCGCAAUUUUGAGGGAGACUGGGCCACCACCCUGCAAAACUUCACCAAAGUCCUUUGGAACGCGCACAACAACUCCUACCCGGUGGUCGGGCCCUCGCUGACCAGCGAGGCGGCCUACACGAAGCUGGGCGACAUGAGCCAGUACGUCGACUUCGGAAACAUGCACAAUUACUUCAGCGGACGUCACCCGGGCACCAAGGGCUGGGGAGGUCCGAGCGCCGCAGGCUAUUGCUGCUACGGCAGCAUCGGCUUCAACAUGAACGUCACGGCCCUCUCGAGCGGCGACAAGCCCAUCGUGUCGUCGGAGACAAAAUCGAGCGGCCAGAUCCCGUUCGACGUACAGACCAAGUAUGAGCUGCGCAUGUUCGCCAUGCAGUUCAUCCGGGGCGUCGAGCGCACGCUCCACUACGAGUUCUGCGACUUCGCUGACGACCCGGGCAUGUACGGCAUCGUUGCGGUCGACCCCGAGGAUCCCUCCAAGCUCAAGCCGGCCUACCACGCUCUCUACAACCUCAUCCGCCUUCUGGCCGACCCCGGCCCCGCCUUCACUUUUUUUUUUCCUCCGGGCGUCGAGCGCACGCUCCACUACGAGUUCUGCGACUUCGCUGACGACCCGGGCAUUCAAGCCGGGGCGUCGAGCGCACGCUCCACUACGAGUUCUGCGACUUCGCUGACGACCCGGGCUGCGCAUUUCAUCCGGGGCGUCGAGCGCACGCUCCACUACGAGUUCUGCGACUUCGCUGACGACCCGGGCAUGUACGGCAUCGUUGCGGUCGACCCCGAGGAUCCCUCCAAGCCCAAGCCGGCCUACCACGCUCUCUACAACCUCAUCCGCCUUCUGGCCGACCCCGGCCCCGCCUUCACUCCCACUUCCCUGUCAUACGAGGUGGCCGGAGCUCCUUCGUCGUUCCAGAGUUUGAUUCUCCAGCGACGCGAGGGCACGUUUAUGGUGCUGCUGUGGCUCGAGGAGGCCACUUGGCUGCUCCCAGCCAACAUCUCGGGCGUGUACGCCAACGUCACGUCAGCCGACGUCGCUGUCCUUCUGCCGGGCGGGCGCAACGCGUUCAGCGCCUCGGCCACAGUCUACAGGUUCAACCCGUCGCCGGGCUGCAUGACCGCCACAGCCACCCGCCUGACCGCCGCCAACUCUAGCGCCACUGACCUCGUCACCCCGUCGCUCCAAGUAGACGACUCGAUCCUCGUCCUCCAGCUGAACCCGACUACCAGCUCCGCCGGCGCCGUCUACAAACCGGCCGCCGACGCCAAACUCUGUCCGUCCGACGAACUCCCCUCCACCGCGUCACGGCUCGCCUCGCCUUACGUGAAGUCGCUCAUCUUUUACUGGUAA